UAUCACUGUUGGAGACAUAUUGAAACAUCUUGUGUAUUAAACAAGAUCAUCAUGAACGCUUUGACUGUCGUUGCCUUUGCCUGUUUGGCAGUUUGUGCCAGUGCCAAGCCCUCUUGGGGACAUGGUGGAUGGGGAGGUCAUGGAUCCGUAGGACCUGCUGGUGUUGUGACCGGCGCCGGAGCUGUGGGACCAGCUGGAUCUGUUGAUGGACACGCUGCUGUAGGACCAGCUGGAGUAGUCACCGGACACGGAGCUGUCGGACCAACCGGACCCAACGGAGCUGGAGCAUGGGGUGGUGCUUGGGACGGUGCCUGGGAUGGCGCUUGGGACGGUGGCCAUGGAGCUUGGGACGGCGCCUGGGACGGUGGUCAUGGAGAUUGGGAUGAUGGAAGUUGGAAUGAUGGCGCUUGGGGCGGAUGGGACGGUGGUCAUGCCAAUGUUGUCCAUGGAAACGGUGCCACUCUUGUCGGACCAGGAGUCGGACACGCUGUCGUCUCUGGACCAGUUGCUCAUGGUUACGGAUUGGGACACGGAUGGGUUGGCGCCGGUUUGGGGUGGCACGGCCAUCACUGGUAGACAACAAAUUUUAGACCAUUUAACCAAUUACCUUAAGGCUCAACAUGAACUGGCCAUAUCAACAUAUUCUACCCUCUACCUUUAUGGCUCAUAGUUCUAUCUUCUAUUACCUUCUUUUUUAUUUCCUGUUUUAAUUUAUCCGAUUUUUAUUCUAUUGAAUGUGAUAUAUGGUUUGUUUAUGUUCUACAUUCGAGUCCAGAAAACCGUUUGCUCAAUAUCUAGACGAAAACUGCCUCGAUUCAAUGACCUUUCUAUGCAAUAUAUGUUGUAAAUAUUUUUGUAUUAUGUUUAAAGUGUGUUCAAUAUAAUAAUAAAAACCA